AUGGAAAAGGCAGCCUUUUUGGCAACCAGUCUCAAGGGAACGGCAUUGCAAGUGUUGGCCAAUUUAUCCAAUGACCGUAAACAAGAUUAUCGAGCUUUAGUAACUGCUCUGGCUAGUCGAUUUGGCACGUCACACCGUACAGAGAUUUCUAAAGUAAAGUUCAAAAAUCGAGUCCGACAACGUGAUGAAGGGUUACCUGCGUUGGCCGAGGAUAUAGAAAGGCUUGCUCGCUUGGCUUAUGCGGAUGCUCCUCCAACAAUAACUGACACUUUAGCUCGAGACCAGUUUGUCGAUUCCUUACCUGAUGACGAUAUGCGCCUGCGUCUCCGUCCAGAAAGACCGCAAACCUUGCAAAGAGCGUUGGAGUUGGCUCUCGAGUUAGAAUCUUUCCACCUGGCCAAUCUUCAACAAAGGAUGCGUGUUUCACGUGAGACAAAAGUACAAAGUGAGUUCACACCACGGGGUACAACUACGAGUACACUCGAUAUCGCCAAGAGAAUGGAAGCCGCCAGUAAUCAAAUUGCGCAAUCGAUGAAAAAAUUGGAAGCUCUGAUGAGAGAUCGUAAGUCAGAAAUCACCUCGAAAUAAAGAGCCACGUGACCUGAAAUGUUGGAAAUGUGGAGAAGAAGGUCAUUUCUGCCACGAGUGCCCGAAACGUAGUCCGGCACGUGACGUUAUAAAUACAAACGACGAGUCCGCUAAAGACGGGGUUCCGACGUUUGCCGGUAAAGAAACGAGAACGAGCGGGGCUUCCAAAGGGAAUUUGGGAAACGCCGUUUAGCUCCUCUUAAGGAGCGAAGGGCAGCUAAAAAGAACAAUGAAAAUGCUCCUGAGUUUGUGGUUAAAACUUCCUCUGUUGGAGAUACCUUGUUGGUGGAUGCUAAGAUAGUAAGAUAGAAGGACGGUGGUGUACAGUAAGUCACUGUAAGUGUGUAGUGGACACAGGUUCAAACAUCACAAUUGUUCGUCCGGACGUGAUUGAGUUAAGAAGUGGUAAGAUUCUACCAACAGAGACAGUUUUAAGGACAGUUACUGGAGAAACUGCACCUGUGCGAGGACGCGAUAAGUUGAAUAUAACCGUGGGUAACAGUGAGACGGAGCAUGAUGUGUGGAUAGCCGACAUGGUUGAAGAGGGAAUUAUCGGAUUGAAUUAUUUAAUGGCUAACAAUUGUCAGGUGAAUCUUGCAGGAAAGUUGCUGUUGGUAGGAGAUGACGAAGUUCCUUUGGUCGGUCAAGUGCGACCGGUGGUGAAUAGAUUGACUCGAAUUGUUGUUCGAAGAACAGUUGCUGUACCAGCGAUGAGUGAAGCUGGAAAGCUGAAUAAGUCCCUGGAAAGCUGAAUAAGUGCGGUGAACAACGCACUUGGGCAGUUGUAGAAUUCGUGGUAAACUCGAAACGUAAUCUACUUGUGGCUAGAACACUGGUUGACCUGUCUGCAGAUGAUUUACCGAUAAGAGUUAUGAAUUUAACGAAUGGUUAGGGACCGGUCAUUAUUUAUGGUGGGGGGUGGCACCGAAGAGAAAUGUUUUUCGUGGGAAAAAUUUUGUUGACCCAACCACCAAAAAGUCAAAAAUUUGAUUACCCAACCUCAAAUAUCAAUUAAAAAAUAAAUACCCACCCCUGGCCGAAAACUUUACAAAAAGAUACCAUUCAGUUGUCACCAUGUCCUUUACCAUUUCUGUGACAUAAGUUUGACAACGGAUUGUGAAAUGUUCUGCCUCCUAAAGUUUCAUAUUGUCUGCACAUGCCAAGUUUCUAAAUUGGAGAUACCAUGCAUUUGUCUCGCAACAAAUCGGAAAAUAGUGACUCUGAUUGAUUCAUAUAUUGUAUUUACAUAUGCUUUUUAGUCUCCAAUAUUUCAGUGAGUCAUGCUUUGGAAAUGACAAUUAUUUUUUAUUACCCAACCCUUGAGUUGUUUUGUUUUUCACUUACCCAACCUUUUACUUACUCAAAAUUUAGUUUACCCAACCCUUUUCUCUUCGGUGCCACCCCCCCGCCAUAAAUAAUGACUGGUCCCUUAUAUUUCAUUGAAGAAGGGGACAGAAAUAGCAACGUGUGAACCUGUUGCGUGUGUCAGAAAUUUGGAACAUCAACCUUCCAAAGAAGAAGAUUCGGCAACAAUCCAUAAAGACAAAGGAGGUGAUAGGGAACUUCCCGAACAUCUUGUGGAUUUGUACCGUCGAAGCAAGACUUUUAUUGGAGAAGGACACAAAACUCAAUUGAUUGAAUUGCUUAAAGAAUUUCAGGAUAUGUUUUCAAGUGGACCAAAUUAUUUAGGCAGCACAAGCAUAACAACGCAUAAGAUUAAUGUUGGAGAAGCAAUUCCAGUCAAACAGCGACCAAGGAGACUUCCAAUAAAGCAGAGGGAGGAAGCAAACAAGACGAAACAAGUUAAUUGA